AAAAUGGCUGAAGAAGGGUCAUCGAAUUCUGAUUGGAUUUUGGUUGAAAAAGAGAAAAAUGAUUUGGAAAAACUUCAAACUAAUUUUGACAAACUUCAAAAAAAUCUUGGUGAAGAGAAGGAAAGGACUGUUAAUUUAGAAAAUGAAUUGAAGGAAAUGGAUAAAAAAAUUCAUCAAAUUAAUUUUGAUCAUAAAAAUGAACUUGAAGAAAUGAGGCAAAAUUUUCAGAAAUUAAUUGAAGAAAAUAAACAAUUAAAAACUGAAUAUGAUGUUUCUUUAAGGCAAAAAGACGAGAAAAUUAAUUCUUUGGAAGAGGAAAUUAAAAAGGUAAAUAAAAAAUACUCUGCGCGGUCAUUCAAGUUUUUGAAUUUUUUUGGAUUUAAAUUACGGGGUAGGUAA